UAGACAUAGUAUGUCUUGCGUAAAGAAAAUGCUGUUCUUAUUCAAACAAGAUCUUUAUUUAGCCUUGCAAGUCUUUGUUCAACUGCUAUGGAACUAUGAUUCAUUCAGUCCAGACAGACGGGGGGUGGGGGGCUUGUGAUUUAAUCACAAGCUCUUUUUAAUACCGCUCACUGGCUAAAUAUUUGUAAAACAGACAGACAGAUGUAAAGGGUGACCAAUAGCAUUGAUUUAUUGAAGAAAAACUAAACAAAACAAAACACCACCACCAAAAAAGGGGCACUUUGGGGUGUAAGGGGAAAAAGGGCAUGUGCUCUGCACAGGUUGAGCCUUACCUGUGCACGUGCCUGACAGCAUACAAGCAUUACAUCACUGUGUUGUCUGAAGGCUCUCGGGAGAUGAACCAGAAGAUAUAUUUGAAUUUGGUGAUACAGACAGUUAAUGAUCAGUGAGACAGAACAAGGACAACCACUUAGUUCACCACCUUUCAGAUAGUCACAGUCAUUGCUUGCUCUGGCUCUAAAACUUUGGACACUUUUGUAACUUUUAUUUAUACAGGUCUGUGACUCUGUGAAAUUUGUAAAGGUAUUUUUCCAAUUUCUGAAAAUAGUUGUUAAAAGAGUGUAAUGACAAUUUUUUAAAUGUCUUAUUAUGCCUAUGUCUUUGUGGUCAUUUCUAUUUUCAGCCUGUUCAAAACACUUAACACAAAGCUGCAAUGAGUUCUUUAAAUGCAAGUUUUCCCCAGAAUAUCUCCAUUGUUCGCCCUGAAUACUUUUUCAUCAUUGGACUUUCAGGUAUACCAUACAGCAGUUAUUACUAUAUUUUCUUAUUUGUAACAUAUUUUCUUACUAUGAUUGGGAACUCUAUAGUGCUUCUCAUUAUUGCUCUUGAACGAAGUCUGCACAGUCCAAAGUACAUUGGUGUUUUUAACUUGGCCUUGGCUGACAUUGGUGAAACUAAUGCACUGAUUCCUAACAUGAUGAAGACUUUUCUAUUUGACUCACAGUAUAUCUCCUACAAUGCUUGUUUGAUCAACAUGUUUUUUGUGUUCCUAUUUAGUACUAUGCAAAGUUUCACUCUUCUUGUUCUGGCAUAUGAUCGCUUCAUUGCAAUUUGUUUGCCAUUAAGAUAUCAUGCCAUUGUUAACAAUACCAAUAUGACUUUAGUUCUCUCAGCAAAAUGGGCAUUUAAUUCUUCUGUUGUGGCCUUGAUGGUGUCUUUGAUCACUCGAAUUUCAUUCUGUGAAUCCAAUGUGAUACAGAGUUAUUUUUGUGAUCACGGACCAGUGUAUAGGUUGGCAUGUAAUAACAAUAGCAUUAAUAGGUUUAUGGGAUCCUUCAUCACAACAUUAUACCUUGUAGUCCCAUUGAUAAUUAUAAUCCUGUCAUACCUUGGCAUUUUUCUUGCUUUAAACAAAAUUACAACUUGGGAAAGUCGUUUAAAAGCACUGAAGACCUGUGUUUCUCACCUGUUGUUAGUAGGGAUGUAUUUCCUCCCCAUAUCCUGUGCAUACAUUGCUGCAUUCAUGCUUUCUCUUGCUCCCAAUGCAAGGGUCAUCACUACAUCUCUGGCAUAUGCUGUUCCACCAAUGUUAAAUCCUAUCAUUUAUGUUUUAAACACAGCUGAAAUCAAAGACAUAAUGCAAAAAAUGUUUAAAAACAGAUCUGUACCAUCUAGAGACAUUUCAAAAUGA